AUGAAUCCUGCAUCCACCAGGCGUGGGUCCAGCCACUCAACUUCACGACCUGGAGUCUUGGGUGCUCCCUUUCCUUUGGAGUCACAGGGAUAUGUUGCCUCUGCUGCACCUCGCCAGAGACCUUCAGUACCCGGAAUACCAAUCAGCCAGAGACCUUCAGUACCGGGAACACCAAUCAGCCAGAGACCUUCAGUACCCGGAACACCAAUCAGCCGGAGACCUUCAGUACCCGGAACACCAAUCAGCCGGAGACCUUCAGUACCUGGAACACCAUCCCGCCUGGGACCGUCAGUACCCGGAACACCAACCAGCCCAGGACCUUCAGUACCCGGAACACCAAUCAGCCAGGGACCUUCAGUACCCGGAACACCAUCCCGCCAGCGAUCUUUUGUACGCGCCACACCAUCAAUCCAGCGACUUUCAGUACCACCAUCCAGCCAGAGACCUUUAGUACGCGGCACAUCAUCCACUAGGUCCUUGCAGUCAGUGCACAGAGAUCCCAUUGCAGACAAAUUACCAAAGAAAUACACCCAGCAUGAGAAAGUGCCGUCAACUCGACCGCUCCAAGGGACUAAGAAACCUGAAACCCCCCAAACACAGGCGGAGGGCCUGGACAGGGACGUAAAAAGAUUCAGAGAGAGCUUCUGGCAUUUUUGUUUCUCACCCAAUGGGAUGUUGAAGGUCUUGAGGAUGUGUCUUACUGCAACAUCGGUGUUUUGUUUCAUCAUUGGCGGUGCCCAGGACAUGUUUGUAGCCAUCGUGAUUCAGGAAACCUGCAUUGUUUUAUUCUUCAUCAUAAUCUAUCUGGUAAUCCUUCAAAACACGAUGACCUGUAUCCACUGGCCUCUGCUUGAUCUGAUCAACACUCUCAUUUCAAUGGUAUUUCUUGGAAUAGUGGGCAUGCUAGUCAUUGGAGAAAAAAACACAGAGGAUCUGGGCUAUAUUGGCGGGGUCCUGUGCCUCUCGGCAGCAGUCCUGUGUGUCAUCGAUGCCUUGUUGGUUACCGAAAAGAUGAGGCGCAGAGCGAAAACUGCUCUGGCAAAGGAAACUAAGCCCUCUGCCACGGGAGCGAGGCAGAAGCAGCGCUGA